ACAGGCAUGCACCACCAUGCCUGGCUAAUUUUUCAAAUUUUUUGUAGAGACAGGGUUUCGCCACAUUGCCCAAGCUGGUCUUGAAUUCGUGGCCUUAGGCAAUCCUCCUGCCGUGGCCUCCCAAAGUGCUAGGAUUACAGGUGUGGGCCACCAUACCUGGCCAUUUUUGCCUUUUUUGUUCAGUGAUAUAUCCCAAGUACCUUGACACUUAGUAGAUGCUCGAUAAAUGUUGACCACAUGAAUGAAGCAUGCCCAAGAUUCUGAGAUUACCUACUACUUACAGGUAAAUUCUGAAAACAAAAAUAUUCCUCAUCUCAGUUUUACAGGCCUUCUCACCCACAGAGGGUGAUGCUUCUCUGUCUUGGCGUCUCGGUUCUCCUGAGUGUCAUAUUCCAAGCUCACAAGAGCUUGGAGUAGCACUGACCCAGAUGCUCCACACAGCUGUAACCACCACAAGGAACAGGACAUACAAGGUGAAGGAAGCACUAAGGCAGGAUGUCGAGAGCAGCAACACCAACAGCAUUUUAAACACAAACAUUUGGGCAGUAUUAAAGUUCUGCAAUUUUCAAUAAAAAAGGGAGGGAACAAGUGAAACUGAGAGGUGUUGGCUGCCUUCUCCAGCUAAAGCCAUGUGGCCUUGGUUGGUACCUGGAACUGGAGAGGCCCGUGAAUCAUUGUGGAAUGGCUUCGCUAUUGGGGAUGGUGCCAGGCCUCGUGACAGUGAUGAUUCAUUCGCCCACUUCCCUCGUGUCUCUUCCAUCUCCUCCGAAAGAUAACCAGUAUCUCCAGAUGACAAGGAACCAGACAAAGCAUCUUUCUAGGCUGUCCUAUCUGUGCCUCAGGUCAGAGAAGAAGCAACCCUUAACACCACAGUGAUUGACUCUUCCCAGGAUCAUGGGCCAGAAGUGUAUAUGAGAGGAUAUGAAUGACAACUCUUCCUGAAAUUGAUUUCAGUUGACACCUGGGUCAGGUGCUCUAUUAAAGACUCAUUAAAACCAUGUGGCCAGGGAACAAAUACAGUCUUCGAAUGUGACGAUUCAAGCUUCCUCAUUGCUGAACAUGUUUAGGCAGGUACAGGCAUCCUUAGGUGUCCACGUAUUUGGGACAUGUAAGUGGAGAGGCAUGAACCUGAUUCAUUUCCUGAUCCAGUGAUGCUCCCAGCCCACCCCCAAACAGACACAGCGUAGCCCGGGCCAGCUCUUAAGGAGUUCAGGAGUGAGAAGAGGCCCUCAGAGAUCUGACAGCCUAGGAGUGCGUGGACACCACCUCAGCCCACUGAGCAGGAGUCACAGCACGAAGACCAAGCACAAAGGUGAGGCUGUGGCAGGAUCUGGGGAGGAGUGAGGACAGAGAAGGAGGGAUGGGUUCUGAUCCUGAGAGUACACUCAGGUGAGCGAUAAAAUGGAUAAAGGAGGGACUGGAUUUAGGGGAGAUGAGGACACGCAUUGGGGAAAGGGGAGAGUGAUGUUGGGCAUGGAGGCGAAAAAUGAAAAAGAAUGGGAACACAGACGAGAUGGGAAUCGGGAGAGGAUGAGGCACAGACACAGGAACGUGGAGACACAAAAGGGAUGAGACUUAAGGGAAAGGGGAGAGGACAAAGAGUGACAGGCAACAGGGACAGAAUGAAGGGAACAGAAAUACAAGAUGAGAGAUGGGGCCACAGGGUUGUUGUUGGGGCUGCCGUGGAUGUGGACACACAGAAGAAGAGGCAGAGAUGAGACACAAAGUGAGGAAAGGAGACAACCGAGUAGGGAGAUGGGUGACUAGCUCAUAUGAGCAGGUAUAAGAGGACUAAUUUCUCAACUGAACACCUCUGUCCCAGCGACCCCUGCCCUCCAUUCUGACUGCUCCUCCUAAGAGAGAUGGCACCGGCCAGAGCAGGAUUCUGCCCCCUUCUGCUGCUUCUCUUGCUGGGGCUGUGGGUGGCAGAGAUCCCAGUCAGUGCCAAGCCCAAGGGCAUGACCUCAUCACAGUGGUUUAAAAUUCAGCACGUGCAGCCCAGCCCUCAAGCAUGCAACUCAGCCAUGAAAAACAUUAACAAGCACACAAAACGGUGCAAAGACCUCAACACCUUCCUGCACGAGCCUUUCUCCAGUGUGGCUGCCACCUGCCAGACCCCCAAAAUAGCCUGCAAGAAUGGCGAUAAAAACUGCCACCAGAGCCACGGGCCCGUGUCCCUGACCAUGUGUAAGCUAACCUCAGGGAAGUAUCCGAACUGCAGGUACAAAGAGAAGCGACAGAACAAGUCUUACGUAGUGGCCUGUAAGCCUCCCCAGAAAAAGGACUCUCAGCAAUUCCACCUGGUUCCUGUACACUUGGACAGAGUCCUUUAGGUUUCCAGACUGGCUUGCUCUUUGGCUGAGCUUCAAUUCCCUCUUCAGGCCUCCGCACCUCUCCCCUACACCCAGAGCAUUCUCUUCCCCUCAUCUCUUGGGGCUGUUCCUGGUUCAGCCUCUGCUGGGAGGCUGAAGCUGACACUCUGGUGAGCUGCGCUCUAGAGGGAUGGCUUUUCAUCUUUUUGUUGCUGUUUUCCCAGAUGCUUAUCCCCAAGAAACAGCAAGCUCAGGUCUGUGGGUUCCCUGGUCUAUGCCAUUGCACAUGUCUCCCCUGCCCCCUGGCAUUAGGGCAGCAUGACAAGGAGAGGAAAUAAAUGGAAAGGGGGCAUAUGGGAUUUGUGGACACAGCUGUUUCUGUUCCUGAACUAGAAGUCUUCCCCCGCUCUGACGUGGCAGUGAGGUGACCUGAAGGAAAGAAAAAUAUAAAUAAAUACCACUUCAUAUUUGUAUAGAAUCCUCUAAUCCCUUGUGACAUACACUUGACAGGGAUUGUAUGCCUUCUUUAUGGAUGAGGAAAUUAAGGUUUUAGAAAGCUUAAUGAAUUAAAGAGCUUGUCUAAUUAGUUAGUAGCAGAACCUGGACUUGAACCUAGGUCUCCUUACUCUAAAUACAGUGUACCUUCUACUCUACCAGUUGCGCAAGAAAGAAGUCACUGUUACAGAGGCAAGCGGUGAACUAGGUAAGAGUUCACCCAUGAAGAAACGAGUGCUCUGAAGAGCCAGUUACCCUGUGUUGGCUGCAAUAAAGGUCAUUACCUCUCUAGCCAAGAGAUUGUUUAUGAGGUGCUCUGGCAUUUUAUUCCUUCUCUCUCUUCCUCUCUAACUGCCCCUCCCGUUUCUCUAGACCACUGCUCUUCCAACCUAGGCCCUGGACCUGGCUCUGGCCAGAUCCCCUUGGCCUGAAGACAUAAGGUAAAGGGAGUGUCUGAGCUUCAUCCCCCAGAUCCAGGAUCACAUUUCCUUUGACCUUAAGGGACUUCCGUGGCCCUGAGCCUGCUUGUCACAAACAGGCUGGUGGGAGCUGCCAGAGCUUCCUUCCUCCUGAUAAUGAUCUCCCCUGCCUCAUUGCUACCCUGGCUCUCCACUCUGGCAGUCUGCCCAGGCCUGAGGGGUUGAGAUGCGAAAAUGCCAUUUCCCUGUCCCCCUGGGCUACAGAUACCAUUUCUCUCGUUCUGGGGAGUGGAGCUGGAGAAGGUAUGGCUUGGUAUUGGCCAGUCCUGAUGGUCUCUCCAGCAUUGCCUGACCAGCACCAUCCCCUUCUGUCUUCCUUUAUCUCAGUCCCAAACAAGCUGCAUUGUGUCCCAUGCCUGUUCUAUUUCAAACCCAAAUUCAUUAUAAGACAUUCCCAACCCUGCUGAGGAUUCCACUCUACCUAUCCCUCCCCAUCAA